CGAUGAGACCGAGGUAAAGAGCCACCAUCGAACUUUACGGCAGCGGGGUUUGUUUAGUUGGGAUUUUUCAAUCUUCUCCUCGUGAUUUAACGUCAUUACGCACAGUGAUCCUCCUACUCUCCAACCCAAAAAGAUGCCCAAAUCCCCACCGUGCGCGUUCCCCUGGUCCUCCAUGUGGCUGGCAUCUUUGGCUACUUUGAUGGUGCAGUCGGUGCUCUCUUCCUCCUACUCUUCUUCAUCCUCCUCCUCCUCCUCCACGUAUCAGAGAUCUGCAGCCGGCGGGAAGCGGCCGGGCUUCAUGGAGAGGACGCUGGUUCUCCUGGAUGUCAACACCCGCAGUCCGCUCCGAGUCCUCAACGAGAACUUCCUCUCUCUGCAGCUGGACCCCUCGAUCAUCAAGGACGGCUGGCUGGACUUCCUGAGCUCCAAGCGGCUGGUGACCCUGGCGCGCGGCCUGUCGCCAGCCUUCCUGCGCUUUGGAGGGAAACGCACCGACUUCCUGCAGUUUAACAACCAGAAGAACCUCGCUAAGUUCAGAGGGCCGGGACCGGACUAUUACCUGAAGAACUACGAGGACGAUAUAGUGCGCAGUGACAUUGCACUGGACCAACAGAAGGGCUGCAAACUGGCCAGUCAUCCUGACAUCAUGCUGGAGCUGCAGAGAGAGAAGGCCGCCACCACACAGUUCGUCCUGCUGAAAGAGCAACUGUCCAACAUCUACAGCAACAUCACAAUAACAGCCAGGUCUUUAGACAAACUGUACAACUUUGCCGACUGUGCUGGACUGCACCUGAUCCUGGGGCUGAACGCGCUGCACAGGAACCCAGACAACUCCUGGAACACCUCGUCUACCCUGAGCCUCCUCAAGUACGGCGCUGGAAAGAAGUAUAAUAUCUCCUGGGAGCUGGGCAACGAGCCUAAUGCGUACCGCAGCUUGGUGGGCCGUGCGGUCAACAGCACCCAGCUGGCUCAGGACUACACCAAGCUGCGGACCCUGCUGCAGUCGGUACGCUACUACCACCGCGCUCACCUCUACGGCCCCAACGCAGGGCGACCCCGGAAGAACGCCAUCGGGCUGCUGGACGGGUUCAUGAAGAAUGCCGGCCCGGUCGUGGAUGCAGUUACGUGGCAACAUUAUUACAUGGACGGCAGAGUGAGCAAAGCGGAGGACUUUCUAAAGACUCGUCUGUUGGACACUCUGACGGAGCAGAUAACUAAAGUGACCAAGGUUGUGAACGCACACACUCCCGGUAAGAAGGUGUGGCUGGGUGGACUGGGGCCGGCGUGGACCGGAGGCAUCAGUAAUCUCUCUGACACAUACGCUGCUGGCUUUCUGUGGGUGAACACGUUGGGUAUGGCCUCCGUGCAGGGGAUCGAUGUUGUGCUGCGUCACUCGUUCUUUGACUACGGAUACACACACCUUGUGGAUCAGAACUUUAACCCUUUACCUGACUACUGGUUUUCUCUGGUCUUCAAGCGUCUGGUAGGUCCGAGGGUCUUGGCGGUGCGGGUGGCUGGACUACAGAGGAAGCCGCAACCGGGACGAGUCAUAAGAGACAAGCUGCGCAUCUACGCCCACUGCACCAGCUACUACAACCAUAACUACGUGAGAGGCUCCAUAACCAUCUACAUCAUCAACCUGCAUCGGUCGCGGAAGAAAAUCAAGUUAGCGGGAACGUUACGGAACAAGACGGUCCAUCAGUACCUGCUGCAGCCCCACGGCGCUGACGGACUCGGAGCCAAACACGUCCAGCUGAACGGGGAGAAGCUGCUCAUGUUGGACAACGAGACGUUCCCCGAGCUCAAGCCCAAGACGCUGAGGGCUGGACGGACCAUCGCCAUGCCCCCCAUGACCAUAGGCUUCUACGUAAUCAAGAACAUUAACGCGUACGCCUGUCGCAGAUAA